AUGGACACAGAAUUAGGAGAUAUUGGCCAGGAUCCCAAUGAAGAUACAGAGUGGAAUGAUGCCUUACGAAGUUUUGGCAUUAUUCCUCCAAAAGAAAAACCGAGGGAUGAGGUUGAAGAAUUAGUCUUGCGUUUAAAGGAAGAAGCUAAAGUUAAACCCUAUGAACGGAUGAACCUUGCAGAGUUAAAAGAAGCAGAGGAUGAGUUUGAUGGGGAGGAUGAACGUGCUGUUGAAAUGUACAGGCGCAAGCGUCUGGCAGAAUGGCAGGCUUUACAAAGAAAAAGUAAGUUUGGUGAGUUGGCUGAACUCCAAGGAGAUGAGUAUGUAAAGCAAAUUACUUAUGCGGGAGACGAAAUAUGGGUCAUACUUCACCUUUAUAGACCAGGCAUACCAAUGUGCAUUUUGAUCAAUCAUCAUUUGAGUCAACUAGCUAAGAAGUAUCCAGAAACAAAAUUCAUGAAGGCCAUUGCAAAUAUUUGUAUUCCUAACUAUCCAGAUAAAUAUUUGCCAACAAUUUUUGUGUAUUUUGAGGGCCAAAUGAAGAGCAGGUUCAUUGGAAUGGAGUGUGGAGCUCCAGAUCUGAAGUUGGAAGAGCUGGAGUGGAAACUAGCAAACACUGGUGCAAUAAAGACCAGUUUAGAAGAGAAUCCCAAAAAAAAGGUUGUGGACAUGAUGACAUCAUCAAUACGAGAUUGUUCUGUUCAACAUUGUAAAGAAAGUGACACUGAACAAACUUGA